AGGAGCGAAAAAGAAGUGAGAAUAUCCGCUUUGGACUGCCAAGAAAAUACAUCUUUAAUCUUCUUUUUCUUUCACCCCCUUCUUGCUCUCUCUCUCUCUCUCCUCCCAUAUCUGUGGCUGCAACAAGCCGAGCACUCUGUUUCUUCUCUAUCUAACCAGGUGAUCAUAGGGUUUUUGAAGCUAUUGUCAGAGAAAACUGAUGGAAAAUGGGGUUGCAACCGAUGGUAAAUCUCAUUUUGGAGAAACAUUGGCUAUCAGAGAUGGGAUUUCUAAUCCCGAAGUAGGAGAUAGAGAUGUUCAUGGGCUUCAUGAAUCGAAGGAUUCUGAAGGGCAACUUUUUGUGGAGGCUUCAGAAGAAAUUCAUUCGCUGGAGUCGCCUGUAAAUCUUGAUGCGGAUCAAGCUGUUAAAUGGGAGGUACAUGUAGACAAGACCAGAGAUUCUGGUUCUUUGGUAGUCAAUGGAAUGCCUAACGGAGACCAUGAGAUGGAAAAUUUUGAAGAGGCUAUCGGGCUUCCACUCAAUGAACGUCAUGAUCCUGUUGAUGAGAUUGGAGUCGCCUAUGGAUAUGCCAAUGUGGAAGGUAAUCCUGAGGAAGUUUUGCCCGUGGAAUCAAAUGGGUUGGAUAAUUUUUGUUCGGUUGGUAAUGCAGAAGCUGUUGUCAAUCUGGGCAAUGUGGGAGGUAAUGCUGAGGAAGUUUUGCCCGUGGAAUCAAAUGGGUUGGAUAAUUUUUGUUCGGUUGGUAAUGCAGAAGCUGUUGUCCAUCUGGGCAAUGAUCUGUCUCAGGAGGGGGAACAACAGCUCGCUAUUGAGAAGAUGAUCACGGGUUUGGUUUUGGAGGAGCCUGUUGAUGAAAUUAUCCCUGCAGAUGAAACUGGCAAUGUGGAGCGUUAUGCCGAGGAAGUUUUGCCUGUGGAAUCAAAGAGGUUUGAUGGUGGUGUUUCAGAAGCUGAGUUGAGGGACGUUUCAGACACUUUGGCUGAUAGAGAUGCAGAACCUUCUAGGGACGGGACUGAGGCAGAAGGAAGGAGUGAUUUAGUUACUGACAAAUCUGAAACUGGGGAUUUGGAUGACAUGAGUUUCGAGGAAUCACCUGUUCUUUUUGAAAAAGCAGAUGCUGUGAAGAUCAAACAGGUGGAGUCUGAUGUGGUUGGGCCUUCUCAUGGAGAUGAACCUGAUGAAUUGAUUGUGCAUCAAGAUGGUGAAAGUGGUGAGUUACAGGAACCUUCUGCAAACUUGGCUGGGGAAGGCCAGGAUCACCAGAGUGUACAUUUGAAGAACUCUUCAACUGAACAAGAUCCUUCUCUCACUGAGACUGGAACUCGAGAAGUUGAAAUCCUGAAGUCUGUGGAAGAAUCUAAUACUGUUAAAGCCGGUGCAGCUGAACCAGAGGCAAAAGGUUUACACGACUCUCAGCCUCAGUUUGUUGACAGAAAUAUCAAAGAAGGUUCAUCUGGCCAUACUGUGGUGGAGGAACCUGUUUCUCAGGAAACCAAAAAGGUUGAGAACAGAGGACCAGAAAUUCAGUCUGCACGAAAUGUUGGUUCAUCAACUGAAAGUUCCACAAAUCCUCCUCUUCCACCUCGUCCUGCUGGCCUUGGGAGUGCGCCACUGUUGGGAGCUGCUCAUCGUGCACUGCAGCAGUCUCGAGCAAAUGGAUCUAUACCUGUGCGUCAAUCUCAACUUGUUGAAGACCCUAUGAAUGGUGAGGCUGAGGAGAAUGAUGAAACUCGUGAAAAACUCCAGAUGAUCCGGGUAAAGUUUCUGCGUCUUGCUCAUCGGCUUGGUCAGACUCCCCAUAAUGUUGUUGUUGCUCAGGUACUAUACAGGCUAGGGUUAGCAGAACAGCUGCGAGGGAGAAACACAACUCGUGCUGGUGCCUUUAGCUUUGACACUGCAAGUGCAAUGGCUGAGCAGCUUGAGGCAGCUGGGCAGGAAGCCCUUGAUUUUUCGUGCACAAUCAUGGUUAUUGGAAAGACAGGAGUUGGUAAAAGUGCAACCAUCAAUUCAAUAUUUGAUGAAGUCAAGUUCGACACUGAUGCAUUCGACAUGGGCACUAAGAAGGUUCAGGAUGUGGUUGGAACGGUUCAGGGGAUCAAGGUACGGGUGAUUGAUACGCCUGGCCUCCUAUCUUCCUGGUCAGAUCAACGUCAAAAUGAGAAGAUCCUACAUUCUGUUAAGCGUUUCAUCAAGAAGACACCUCCAGAUAUUGUUUUGUAUCUCGAUAGAUUGGACAUGCAAAGCAGGGAUUUUGGUGAUAUGCCACUUUUGCAAACUAUUACAGAGAUAUUUGGACCAUCUAUUUGGUUCAAUGCAAUUGUAGUUCUGACCCAUGCAGCUUCUGCACCUCCUGAUGGUCCGAAUGGUACUGCUUCAAGUUAUGAGAUGUUUGUAACCCAGCGUUCCCAUGUGGUUCAGCAAGCCAUUCGUCAAGCAGCAGGGGACAUGCGACUCAUGAACCCUGUUUCAUUAGUGGAGAAUCACUCUGCAUGCAGAACAAACAGGGCUGGGCAGAGAGUCUUGCCAAAUGGUCAAGUCUGGAAGCCUCAUUUGUUAUUGCUCUCCUUUGCAUCAAAGAUUCUGGCUGAGGCAAACACACUUCUAAAUAUGCAAGAUAGUCCCCCAGGAAGGCCUUUUGUGACUCGAUCUAGGGCACCACCUUUACCAUUCCUCUUGUCAUCCCUUCUCCAAUCAAGGCCCCAGUUGAAACUGCCUGAGGAGCAGUUUGGCGAUGAUGAGGAUGCUCUUGAUGAGGACUUGGAUGAGGCAUCAGAUUCAGAUGAAGAGACAGAUUAUGAUGAAUUGCCACCUUUCAAGCGAUUGACCAAGGCUCAACUGGCGAAGUUGAGUAGAGCACAGAAGAAGGCUUAUUUUGAUGAGCUAGAAUAUAGAGAGAAGCUUUUUAUGAAGAAACAACUGAAAGAGGAGAGAAAGCGGCGUAAAUUUUUAAAGAAAAUGGCAGCUUCUGCUAAGGAUUUGCCAAAUGAGUACAAUGAGAAUGCUGAAGAAGAAAGUGGAGGAGCUGCAUCUGUGCCAGUUCCGAUGCCUGAUUUGGCCUUGCCAACUUCGUUUGAUUCAGACAAUCCCACUCACAGAUACCGGUUUCUGGAUUCUUCUAACCAGUGGCUUGUGAGGCCAGUUCUAGAAACUCAUGGUUGGGAUCAUGAUGUUGGCUAUGAGGGUAUAAAUGUAGAAAGAUUAUUUGUGGUUAAAGACAAAAUACCCUUGUCCUUUUCUGGUCAGGUUACGAAGGAUAAGAAAGAGGCUAACAUCCAGAUGGAAUUAGCUGGUUCUGUCAAGCAUGGGGAAGGGAAAGCAACCUCAUUAGGUUUUGACAUGCAGACUGUUGGAAAAGACAUGGCAUAUACUUUGCGCAGUGAGACAAGAUUUAGCAACUUCAAACACAACAAGACAGCAGCUGGUUUCUCAGUUACUCAGCUGGGUGAUGCCUUAUCAGCGGGAGUGAAGGUUGAAGACAAAUUGAUUGUUAACAAAUGGUUCCGGUUGGUUAUGACUGGGGGUGCAAUGACCAGUCGUGGUGAUGUGGCUUAUGGAGGCAGUCUUGAGGCAACCUUAAGAGAUAAAGACUAUCCUUUGGGUCGUAUGUUAUCGACUCUUGGACUUUCUAUUAUGGAUUGGCAUGGAGAUCUUGCAAUUGGAUGCAAUGUACAGUCUCAACUACCAAUAGGACGUGCAGCAAACAUUAUUGCUCGGGCAAAUUUGAAUAACAGGGGUGCGGGGCAAGUUAGUAUUCGUUUGAAUAGUUCAGAACACCUUCAGAUUGCUUUGAUCGGUCUUAUACCCCUACUGAGAAAGGUAGUUGGUUAUUCUCAACAACUACAGUUUGGUCAAUGAGGAGCAUUGUGAUAAAUGGUCGGCAGCUGUGCGAUAGUUAGGAAAUAUCCCUCGAAGGAUCUAUGGUCGCCAAAUGUGAGUGAAACUAAGCUGCUGGUUUUUUCCUUUCUUUGCUUUACUUUAUGAUGUUGUAGUUUCUACAAAUAGAAUUCCUCUUUUGAUGAGUUGAGGU